AUGCUUAUUACUGCCGCCUGCAAAAAAUUCUCCAUAUCUCAUUCCGCGCUUUACGACCUUUCCCUGUUUCAAACUGGAGAAUCUGAUUGGAUUCUUCGAGCUAAAAUAACAAAAGAAGGGAAAAGAUAUAUUGCUGAUGACGAGGACCUUGACGAAAAGCUCGGAGACGACACAGUCAAUCUAUCUGCCAUCCUUGGAAACAAAGAUGGACACUUCGAAUGGGGCUCCUCUGCGUUUGACAAGAGUGCACUGGUGGCAGAUCUACAAGAUCGUACUGGAGCAUUUAGAUCCAAUGUCGAGGUUGACCUUGACUCUCAUCUUGAUAUUUGUGAAUAUUCCGAUGAACAGAAUAUGGAAAAGACACGGUAUCGGUUUACCGUUACACAACUACCGCCUCCAAGGAGAACUUUGGUGCUGUGCUUUGAUGGAACGUCGAAUCACUUCAGUAAUAAGAAUACCAACGUCGUUAAACUUGUGGAGCUUCUGUACAAAGAUGAUCCUAGUCGCCAAAGGGUUUAUUAUCAGACCGGCGUUGGUACAUACACACCUUCAGGAGUAGACGUUAAACAGGGAGGAAGAUUAUCUCAAGAAGUGGACAAGGCUGUUGCUUGGUAUCUUAACCAGCACGUUAUUGACGGGUACCGGUACCUGAUGGAGACCUAUCAAGCUGGUGACCGAAUCUGCCUUUUCGGGUUUUCUCGUGGCGCCUUCACGGCGCGUGCUCUCGCAGGGAUGAUUCAUUCUGUUGGACUGCUUCCCAGACACAACGUUGAACACGUACCAUUUGCAUUCAGGGUUUACGAAAAAGCAGAAGACUAUAGUAAGGACGGCGCAUGGAAAUCACUUCCGAAUCAAAACGAUGGCUCCGAAGUAGAAGAAAAGGUUGCAGAUGGCGCCCUUAGUAUGACAGACGGAAUCGAAGAUCCAGACCAAGUUAAACCUGAGGAUUUUAAGCAAACCUUCAGUAUAUCUUUGAAAAUAGACUUUGUCGGCGUUUGGGAUACCGUAGCAAGUGUUGGUGCGAUAUGGCCAAAAACUCUACCAUGGAUUGAUUAUAACCCGAGUAUUCGUCACUUCAGACAAGCUCUCGCGUUAGAUGAAAAUCGGGGUAACUUUUCGCCGAGUCUUUGGACCCAUGCCCGGACGAAUACAAACAAUCAAACCGCCUACGAGGUCUGGUUCAAAGGAGAACAUAGUGAUAUUGGCGGUGGAGCAGAUUACCCUACUCCGCCGCAUGAGACAUUCAAGCAGAGCAUGCUAAGCAAUAUCCCACUCCGAUGGAUGAUCCGUCAAUUUAUGGAUAGUGCCGUUAAAAGCGGCAUAAUUCUCGAUGCCAAAGCGGUUGAGCGAUACCGGACUAAGGGCGUGUUAGAACGUGUUCCUAAUCCAGAUGAUCCAACCCCAUGGAGCAAUUACGAAGCCGAACGCCGCAAACUGGCCGACGAAGCUGAUCAAAGAGAUAUAUGUCAUCAGAUCUAUGACUCAAGAGGAGAAACCUUUAGCUGGAAGCGCUUGGGAUAUGGUUUACUGGAGCUAGCUCCUUUCAAGAAGAGAAUUCAAACCACCGAUGGCUACACUGAAAAGCGUGGCUGGAAUUUUUGGAAAUCUCGAACAGUCUUUUUACCACCAGGCCCUUACCCUGUCAACCUCCAUGCUUCAGUGUUAGCCUUCCAAGCAUCAUUGCUGGCCCAAAAAUUGGCUGAAUAUAAACCACGCGCUACCAUCGAGUACGUAGAUAGCCGGGGCAAAAAGCUGUCUGAAGAGAGAUAUGAAGGUUCAAAGGCCCAUGAAUCACCGUCGACUACGACUGCACGCUCUGUCGUCAUGAUUUGGCCUAUAUCCUUCCUGCUCGCUCUUGGUGGCAUUGCCACUGCUCAAGAGUCGACUCCUGACUACCAGAAUCCCUUGCUUGCCAAGGUGUUGUUGUACACUUAUACAAACGGAUUCCGUCAUGACUCGAUUCCCGUUGCGAUACAACAGCUCAAGGCAUGGGGUCCGUACUACAACAUUUCGUUUGAUGCUACGGAGGACCAAAAAGACUUUACUGUUGCUAACUUGGCCAAGUACGAUGCCCUGUUGUUUGUUCAUACGACUGAGAACAUUUUAGACACGUCUGGCCAGAACGCAUUUGUGGACUACUUGUCCAAGGGCGGCAACUUUGCCGGUGUUCACGCAGCCUCAGUUGCAUUUGUAUCUAAGACAUGGCCCCCUUGGACCGAUACUCUCGGAUCUUCUUUUGACCAUCAUCCCGCACGCCAGACUGCUACCUUUGUCAAGGAGGCUACUGGUCAUCCUGCAACUAACCCGACCCCCGACCGUUGGUCGUUUGAUGAGGAAGUCUAUAGCUUCUCGUCGGAUCCCCGUCAGUUGGGCGCCAAGCUUUUGUUCUCCGUGGAUCCUACUAGCUACAAGGAGAACAAUGUGGUUAAAGAACAGGGCACCCCACACCCGAUUGCCUGGUACCAAGAAUACGCUGCUGGAGCAGUGAUCAAACCUGGCACACCUGGACCUGGUGUGGCCGGACGCUCAUUCUUCUCGUCACUCGGUCAUAACAACUCGACCUGGAUGGACGAUACUUUCAUGAAACAUAUUAUGGGCGGCCUCUCGUGGACCCUAGCAUCCAACACCACCCGCGUUUCUGCUGGGUUGUAUGGCGCCAGUGGCAUCCAGCCCACAGUCCGCAUUGGUGCUUCGAACGCUAAUGCUUCUUCUAUUGCCGCUAGUCCAUGGUCACCUGUCCUUGGUUCGGACCAGGUUGCUCCCCCUCCCCCUCCACCCCCACCCAAGUCCACUCCCACCCAAAGUGCCCAACCAGAGCCUACUUCCGGCAGUGUCAGCACUAAUUCGAGCUCCGGUGCAGUUAUGAUCGCCCCGGUUGGUAUCUGGGGAGUAGUGAUAGGAGCCAUAUGUGCUACCCUGGGCGAUGAAGACGGGAAAGCCACCAAGUAUAGGCCCGUAGAAACUCGGCUAUAUGCCUUUGCUCGCAACUCAUUUGAUGUGGUUGCAAUGGCGGCUCUUAUAUUCCGGACUGCUACUGCAUUUCAGCAGGCUCGGAACGAAAUCGGAACUCGUAUAACUUCGGGUGACUGUGGCCUUGCGUCCCCGUAUCACAACAUAUCCGUACUUUUGGAUCGACUCAUUCACGAUGAUCGAUGGGGUAACGGUUUGAGUAGUACCAACGUCACGAUGAGUGCUGUCGUGCCUGAUUCAGCGCGUGAAUAUCAAUCUCAAUGCAAGUGUUAUUCCACAAAGAACCAAACCCGGACUUUGGAAUACUACAGGUGCCCAAUGUACCAUGGAACCUUACACGACGUACAAGAAUAUUCUGAUGUGAUAGCAUACCGUGUUAGGGUUCAGCCCAUAGCAAACAUAUCAUGGCCGAUAUUACUUAGUGGGCAAAUGCCUCGCUUAUGGUUGGUGAACCAUAUGGAAAUUCCACAGUUCCCCAAUGGUAGCUUGUCAUAUGCAAGCAAACUCUGGGAGGUAAGGGCGCACCUACUCCCUAUGAAACUUCUUCGUGGCUCGUCAAUUGUUGGGAAAGCAAACCUAAUCACUCGACGAUUUAUCACAUCGUCAAUGGUAAAAGAUGUUAUUUUCAAUUCCAAACCCGUGAGUGACCACAUUUUAUUCGCGCUGGCCAAAGGAAAUAUCCAACUUACUUAUUUCAAGAACUACAGCCUUGAAUCGUCUGUGGCCCCUCUCAACGCAUCUGGGGACGCUAUCGCCUUGGCAACAAUUAGCUCUACUCUAAGCCCCAGUCUCAUGUACUAUCGAAAUAAAGCGGCCAUUGAAGACGGUGGCGUACCCGCAGACGAUGUUUGUGAUUUUAUCGAAGACUACAGGUCAGGCACUAUACUCGAUGUCAUUGGAUCAAUCGGUGGUUUGUUCGCAUUGCUUCAGGCUGCCCAUCUGCUACUUUUUGGUAGACCAUUGUUCUGGGGGCUGGUCGGCGCUAAGACCAUCAGUCCAUUUGGUUUACUGGGCCAAUGUAGCUCCCGAGGCUUCAAACGCCGCCUGAGGGAAGAAUAUCACAUUCAAUCUACCGAAGAAGGCACGGAUACAAUCCAUAUUGUGAAGUUCCUGCGGGACUUUGUGAUCGACUUUGGCCCCGCCAAUCUUGACUCCGAACCUCAUGCUUUGCAGCAAUCAAGACCAUCAUCUCCUAGGGUUGAAACAGACGAAGAGAAUGCAGCUGAAGCGCAAACCCCACUAAUGCGGGCACCGGCGGAAGAUGAAUCUUCAUUAGGAGCAACCAAACCUAUUGACGACCAAAGCUACCCUAACAAAGCCGUUCGUCGAAACAGCAUUUGA